UGGUUUACCGAAAUCCGCACUUUUAAUCCAAUCAAACAACAUCGAACAAAUAGCAAAAAAAAAACAAUUUUAAAAACACAACAUCGCGAACAACAAUGCAUUUGCCCCAAGGAGCAUUAAGCUUUCUGUUCAUCACUUGCAUGAUGUUCGCACUGGCAAGCGGCCAUCCAUCAAGCGACAAGCUUAAGAUCCGAAUACACGUGCCGGUGAAGCACCACACACAUGUGCACACGAAGACGGUCAUUAAGAAGGUUCCGCUGCCCAUUCCGGUGCCGGUCAAGGAGCACCACCACGAGCCGAAGAAGCACCACAGCAGCCGGAGCCACCACCACCACCACCACCAUGAGGACGACCAGGACGACGAUUUCGAGGGCUACGAGUAUCCCAUCAAGGCCAAGCGGCGCACGCGGCAUCCCUUUGUCUGAGCCACCUAGCCACCCACCAUUCAACCACCCAGCCACCCAAGCGCCCCUUGCCACGCCCA